UUCAUGACUUUAUUUUGAAACCUUUGCCCCUGGACAAUACAGCUGGAAAUAAAAGGCCCGGGCACAAUGCUGAGCUGAGCACUAUCUGGCCGACUUUGAGCUACUGACACUCAAACUUUAUGAAUUAUGAGAGAAGAAACUGAGGACUUUGGGAAUCAGCAGGUCGUCUGUGUCUGGGUGCGAGACCCACGGAUACAAAAGAAUGACUUUUGGCAUGCCUACGUGGACUAUGAAAUCUGUUUGCAUACCGACAGCGUGUGCUUCACCAAGAAGAUGUCGAGCGUGAGGAGGAGGUACAGUGAGUUUGUGUGGCUCAGGCAAAAGCUCCAAGCAAAUUCCCUGCUAAUGGCACAGCUACCAGAGCUGCCCCCGAAGAAUCCCUUCUUCAGCAUGAACAACGCUCAGCAGAUCUCUGAGAGGAUGAGCGGGCUCCAGGAGUUUUUGAAACAGAUCCUCCAGAGUCCUCUGGUGCUGUCCGACAGCUGCAUGCACCUUUUCCUGCAAUCGGAUCUCAGCGUGUCCAAGAUAGAGGCCUGCGCUGCUGGAAGGACCCGCUUCUCUGUGACCCAGGCGGUCCGGCGCUGCGGCCUGAGGAGAUUCCACUCUGAAGAGGAUCUGCAGAAGGUCCUGGGCAUGUGCUGCGACUCCGACUCCGACAGGAUAUUUUAUCUUUGCUGUUCCAGCUCAGAGUGCAGAGAUCCGGAGCCUCAGAUUAAGGAUACGGAAAUAAACAAAGCGGAGAGCACAGCUCCACUUGAUCUCAUGGGUCCCGGCCAGGAGGAAACAGUCUGCUGCUCAUCUGGUUCUACGUGAAAACGGCACCCUCGUACUUUUGGAACCAGGGAAGAGGAAGGUUGACUGUUGCCCCCCAUCAUACUGCACUUUUGGCCACGUACUUUCUCCUUAUUGUUAUGUUCUGAUCGAGCCACCUCUGUUUGAAACAUGUACAGUGAAUUGUGACAGGAUGUACCUCUCCAUAAAGAGCUGUUUUUCCUGUAUGUUCUGUCUGCACAGCUAUGAAGUGGUAGCAGCAAUUUGCCUGAAGAUGGCAGUGUUGCUACAUCCAUCUGCUUGUAUCUGCUGGAACUGUCUAUAUUUACUUCAUAAACAAACUUGUCACAAGCCUGA